AUUUCCGCUCUCUAUGGUUUCUCAUCCGGCCGGUUUUCUUUCUCUGGAGGUCCUCCAGGCUGUGCGGCGCUAGCGUGAGGAACGACGGCAAUGGGGCUAGAAAGGCAGGCUUUGGGGUUGCCAGGGAAUAGCUGGCGGCCGACUUCCGUUUCCGGUUUCCGAGGCACGAGGGUACGGUGCUCCAACCCAGCAGGAAAAUGCGGCCUUUGACUGAAGAGGAAACCCGUGUAAUGUUUGAGAAGAUCGCGAAAUACAUCGGGGAGAAUCUUCAGCUGCUGGUCGACAGGCCGGACGGCACCUACUGUUUUAGGCUGCACAACGACCGGGUGUACUACGUGAGUGAGAAGAUCCUGAAGCUGGCUGCCAAUGUCUCCGGGGACAAGCUGCUGUCUCUGGGGACCUGCUUCGGAAAAUUCACCAAGACCCACAAGUUUCGGUUGCACAUCACAGCUCUGGAUUACCUUGCACCCUAUGCCAAGUAUAAAGUGUGGAUAAAGCCUGGAGCAGAGCAAUCCUUCCUGUAUGGGAACCAUGUGUUGAAAUCUGGUCUGGGUCGAAUCACCGAAAAUACUUCUCAGUACCAGGGAGUGGUGGUGUACUCCAUGGCAGACAUCCCUUUGGGUUUUGGGGUGGCAGCAAAAUCUACACAAGACUGCAGGAAAGUAGACCCUAUGGCAAUUGUGGUCUUUCAUCAAGCAGACAUCGGGGAAUACGUGCGGCACGAAGAAACAUUGACUUAGAAAGAAAUCACCGCAAGGAGUUUACAGCUGGGCUGUGUGGAAGGGCUGAGGUUUGUUUCCUGUGUUUGUGUAGACUCCACCAGCAUGCUGAAUUUUGUCAACACUGUGACGUCUUCAGGGACUUCUUAGUUUAAUACUCUAUCACUGACAAAUGCAGGCUGGAUUCUUAUUAUCAGAAAUGGCUCCAAAAUGGAGUUUCAGAUCUUUGUGUUUGUGACUAGUAUACUAGUUUUAUAUUUGAA